CAGUGAGUGCCUGCUCCCAUCUCUGCUCUUCUGACAAGCGAGCUCACAGUUCAUCUGCUCAGCAUCAUGAAGGUCUCCGGGGCUGCCCUGGCCGUCCUCCUCUGCACCAUGGCCCUCUGCAGCCAGGUCUUGUCUGCACCAGUUGGUGCUGACACCCCGACCGCCUGCUGCUUCACCUAUGCGCCUCGGCAGAUUCCACGGACAUACAUCGUCGACUAUUUUGAGACCAGCAGCCAGUGUUCCAAGUCUGGUGUCAUCUUCCAAACCAGAAGAGGCCGGCAGGUCUGUGCCAACCCCAGUGAGGACUGGGUCCAGAAAUACGUUGCCGACCUGGAGCUGAACGCCUGAGUGGCCUGGCAGCUUUGAGGAACCCAGUGACCUCAGUGGACCAACAGGAGACAGGGGCCUGAGCCUUGGAAACACCCCUGUCACCUCCACAGCUACCUCUCCUGUGGGCUGGUUGUUGCCAACACCCACACUCUGGGACUCUUCCUAACUUAAAUUUCAGCUUAUUUAUACUAUUUAAUUUUUGUAAUUUAUUUUGAACAUCAUGCUGUGUUUGGGACUAUUUGCUCCAAGAGAUCUCGGGAUACCUUCUUCACCACCCUUCCCUCCCCCUUCACUUGCACUGUGAUUGGUAACAAUUGAGCAACUGUCAUCAGUUUGUUCUGGGCAGAGGUGGCGCCAAAGCCACCAGACUGACAUAUAUGUAUUAAACGUUUCUGCUCCGUGCUGUGUUCAGCAUGGAGAAAUAAUAA